CAUCGUUCCGAGGCUUUGAUUGGUUGAGCGUUGAGAUGGGGAGGUCGGAACGUCAUUCAUUACGGACUGAGAUGAGAGGAGGGUCUUUUUGACUGUACUCUUCACAGAGCUUAACAACCUGUUCGAUCAGAGCUCACUGUGCUGUCUUUAGCUGCUACCUUUAUUAUCUGUCUCAAAUGGCUGCUUACAAGCUGGUUCUCAUUCGCCAUGGCGAGAGCUGCUGGAACCAGGAGAAUCGCUUCUGUGGCUGGUUCGACGCGGACCUGAGCGAGACAGGGGCUCAGGAGGCAAAGAAAGGCGGUCAAGCUUUAAAAGAUGCAGGGUUUGAGUUUGACAUUUGUUAUACCUCGGUACUGAAGAGGGCCAUCCGGACGUUAUGGAUUGUUUUGGACAGUAUUGAUCAGAUGUGGCUGCCUGUGCACAGGACCUGGCGCCUGAAUGAACGGCAUUAUGGUGGUCUCACUGGGUUAAACAAGGCUGAGACUGCAGCCAAGCACGGUGAAGCCCAGGUUAAGAUUUGGAGGCGCUCCUAUGACAUCCCUCCACCAACCAUGGAUGCAGAUCAUGACUUUUACACCAUCAUCAGCAAGGACAGACGUUAUGCUGAUUUGACUGAGGACCAGCUGCCUUCUUGUGAGAGUCUGAAGGACACUAUUGCACGGGCGCUACCCUUCUGGAAUGAGGAGAUUGUGCCUCAAAUCAAGGAGGGAAAGAGAGUGUUGAUUGCUGCUCAUGGGAACAGUUUGAGAGGCAUUGUGAAGCACUUAGAAGGUAUGUCCGAGGAGGCCAUCAUGGAGCUGAAUCUGCCCACAGGCAUCCCUAUUCUUUACGAGCUGGACAAGAACCUGAAACCCAUCAAGCCUAUGCAGUUCCUUGGAGACGAGGAAACUGUUCGCAAAGCCAUGGAGGCUGUGGCAGCACAGGGCAAAGCCAAGAAAUAGAGUAUAAACUUUUUAAUUAAACAUCAGCACUGACUUACUUUAAACAAGACUCCCAUAUUUAACAUCAAUGAGACCGAGCACUAUAGAAAAAGUAUAUACAAGUUAAAAAAAUAUAUAUAUAGGACCUAUACGUAACACGUUUGAAAUGUUAGAAUUUUGGAAUGGUUGUGAAUAUUUAUUAGUUAAACAGUUUACAAGGACCACACAUUUUUGUUUGGAUUUGUCUUUAUGUAAUUCAUUCCAUAAUUUACUUUACCACCACUUUAUUUUGAAGAAUAUGUUUGAUCAAGUGUUGUCAAUGUGACAUCUCCAAGUACAUUUCUUUUCACAUUAAACCAGUGUUGAGACUGUC